AUGAUACCUCACUCUUCUGCCGGCGUCCAAUCCUGGGGCCACCCCCUGCGCAAGCUCGAUAAUGGCUCAGGACGUGUGGACGCCUCUCAGGCUCCGAGUCUAUCUGAUUUCCGGUCUGAAACGCAACAAUCCACGCCCGUCCUUCCGCCACAUACCGGGCAGCCGGCAGUUAUCGAUCUGACAUCGAGUAUAAAUGAUGCGCAGGAGAGGGAGCCCCCGGCGAAGCGAUUGAGGUUGGACGUAUCCGCGGGAUCGUCCGCAAAAGAUGCGAGUCCUGCGCCUGCGACUGGCGGAGAUUCAAGGGUGACUCCAGGAAUAGCGAAUGCGAAGCCUUCCUCGCUCUCUUGGCGUGGUCGUCCGGUAUGGUCUUUCCAGGCUAUGGUAUCGGAGGCAACCAACGGUGGAGAGGUCAUGGAGGAUGAUGCUGGCUUGACGCCCGAAGGUAAAAAGCCAGCGUCGCCUCCUCCAUUUCCGCCUCUACCUUGGAAGGGCGCGCCACCAGAGCAGUAUGGAAAUAAUGCGACAAAAAUAUCAGAAUCCCCAACCAGCAAAGAAGUACAAACGACACCUUUCCGCGUUCAAAUACCAUCUAUUGCACCUGCUCUCAAAGGAGAUAGAAUUGCCGAUUUUGCACCAUGGACUGGAGAUCAUCCGGAAGAUGCCUUGAACGAUCAGACGGUGAAACAAGGAUAUUACGAUCGCACCCAGGUUUCCCAGACCGAGUCCAACACCGCACGUCCGUCACUCUAUGCGCAACUGAAGCACCGCUCCGGCUUGCAGAUGCUUUCGUCGGUUUUUAUGGCCGCGCUGGAGAAAAGACAGAAUCACAAUACGGUUAAUGCGCCAUCAACCUUCAAGCCGCCUCCUCGCGUUACUCUAACAGAUAAUAAACGAGAGGCUUGGCUUCGUGAUCUUGCCAAUCCAUCUGUUCCUUUACGCAGAUUAAGUCGAACGAUCCCCCAUGGUAUUCGGGGCAAGGCACUUCUUGACCAGUGCCUAAGCAAGUUGAUCCCUGUCAGCCGGGCAGUAUGGCUUGCGAAGUGCGUUGGCGCCAAUGAGAUUCGCGCCUUCAAGAGAAAGGGCACAAGCGGCUCAUUAGCAAUAGGCUUGGAAGCAAAAUGGGUUCGCGAGUGGACGAGUGGUGUACAGCAGUUUCUUGAGGGGGUAGUAGGAGCCUGUGGGUCGACAGGUUGGAAAUCGAAAAUGACAUACGCAGCCAGUCUAACUGCACGUCUCUUCUUUGAGCGUUUACUUGACCACGAUCAGUAUUUCACUUGGUUUCUAGCCUCUUUAGAGGCAUCGCCACUCAAUAUGAUACCUGUUUGGCUUCUUAUGCUAGGUAUUUAUUGGGAUAGCCUCUUACGGUACAGAAAACGCGGGCGGCGAUUGGCGGAGGUUCUUCUUGAAAAACUACGUCAGAUAACGGAGCUGCGGCGGCCGAUAUUGUUGCAACCGCUUGCUGACCGGCUUUCGAGUUACAUAAGAAAGCUGGUGCUUGAACAUACUUCGUCGGUAAUACUUCCAAAUUUAUGGGAGACGCACCGAAACCUUAUCCUCUCUUGCUUGAAGAUGAAGGAGACCGCAGACAAGACGAUAUUUGAGACCCUGGCGGAACGUAAUACUCGAGUACAGUUACCGAAAUCUCGACCGGAAUCCACAGAGCAAUCUGCCCAGCAACGCGUUGUUCAGUUAUUUGAUUCAAUACGAUCGUCGCAUGACAUAUCAUCUACAUCGACAGCCUGUCUGAAUGCUCUUGAAGAUAGGGUUACCCUAGUCGCUAAGCUUCUCGAGUGGUCGGCGACCCGAUUUCGUUCUGGUCUUCGCCGUGUAUAUACCGCAGCUCGGCUCCUGCGGAAGUGGAAAAUGUCUGGUAUUGACAUUGACACCUAUAUAAUUUUGUUCGUGAGCAACGUACAAGAUACGAGUCAGUUGGAUAUGGAUAAUAUCUACCACGUUAUAUCUGAGUUGGUCAGGUCGCAGACCUUCUCUAUCAGCAGAUAUCUACAAUGGCUCAUGGCUAAAGGUGUUGCGAGGAACGCCGGUGGUGAUAAUAAUGAGGUUUUGGCCGGUGAUACCCUUCUCCUUACUCAACUUCCCCUGGGACGCUUGCCAGAACAUGUCCGUAACCUCCGAUACACACUUUUGGCUCGUACUGGCAUGUCGGUGACGGAAGAAAGUUCCACUAUCCAGGACUUGAAAUUGGCGAUAAGCCAACGUUUGCCGAAUAUCUUCCAAGUCAAAGAUAGUAAUAAAGUAUUUACCGAGCUGCCACAGCCCAAUCUAACCUGGGCUGUCAAGUCCGAGGUCAGCAUAUGGAUUAGGCAAGGAGUGGCUAAGCAUCUUAGGGAUACGACCAGAAAAAUUGCCGGACGUCCCUUCUCGAUUGAUUCCAAAGUCUCGGCCUUGAUACCAGAAGAAUUCUAUUGCGUUCGAGAAAUAUUGGAAGGCUUCGGAGACCUAUCUAUCCUUGCUGAUGUGAUUAAACAAGCCACCGAGUGUGAUGACAACACGGUUCUUGCAUCUGCAUCUGAUACUGUUAAUUAUCACUUUGAUGCAUUGUCUAUCAUUGGAGCGACAUCAGAUUUGUUCAGGGGACUGGUCGGCGCUUAUGCACGUCUCAAGAGAUUCGGGACGCUAAAUCUGGAUUUCACCUUCUCAUUAAUUGAGCUUGGACUGCGGAUUCCUGAAGAGUCCGGUACUGUUUCUCUUCUCCGCCAGGACCUCGCUCGAAUUGAGAGCAAAUCGGCGCUAGCAGCACCAUCGCCACUCUCAGAUCAUAUCCCGACGACUUUCAGCGAUACCGAUGCCUCGUUCCAGGAAAAAUUAGACCAGCUGUUGUCUUGUGGAAACGGAAUAGACGAGUCCACCUUGGGUUCUGUUUUUCAUUCACUCACCAAGAUCUUGACAUUUGGCAGUGGAACCACGAAAUUGUCCGCGAAGGAUGCUUGCAGAUAUCUUGCAUAUUUACGACCGUUCAGUCCCAAAUAUUUCGAUAUCAUGUUAGUACGGUACGUUUGUGGACUUUUGAAGUCUUCAUCUCGGCCUACAAUGUCUCGAAUACUUGCCCCCCUCAUCGGAGUUGGGUGCGUCACGAUUCACAGCUUCGUACUCUUGGUCAAUAAACUUUCAGCUCCUGAGAAUGCAGUACCAGCAAUCCCUAAUAUGUCUAGCUUGCGCUUGGAUGUCCUUGAACUUCUUAUCCCACAAAGCGAACCCAAUACAGACCUGGUCACAUAUCGCUUUCAUCUAGCUCAGCAAGAGUUUCUUGUCAAAUACUCUGAUGAGACUUUGAGCAUAAUCAACGACGCAAUCCCGCUAUUUGAUUCCCUUGAAGAUGCUACUUUGGGGACAAGGCGUCCUGACCUUCAGGCAUGCACGGCAAAAUUACUACGCUCUUUACUUACUCAAAAUUCGAGUAGCGUGGCAGAAUAUUGUAUGCGCGAAUUAACAGGCAACUCGUCAUUCACGACUGUUCUAGGGAAGGCCGUUGACCUUCUCCUGCGCUUCGACUCCCAAGAUGAUGUAGAUCCCAGCGCACAAGCUGAGCAAGUCAUUCUCAUGAACAACGACUUUUCUCUUCCAUUCUGCCAAUUGAAGCUCCAGCUUUUGUUUCACGCGAAUCCUGGUGACGAGGUGAAGAACAAUAUCGUCGAUGUGAUGUUCAAGGCUGCAGUAGCGGAUUCUCGAUCAAAGAAAUCCCAUUGGGUGGGUCUGGUCAACCUAAUGAAUCAAGAUGCAGCCCGACAAAUUCGCGAACGAGCGGAAAGCGGCUUCUUUUCCGUUGCAAUGUUUGACGAACCCGCCGAUGAUCUGAUAUCAUCCGAUGGAGCGGCCAGUACAGACGCGAUUGACAGCGCAAAACUAUACCUUACAAUCAUAGAGAAACUGGCUCAUAACAUUCCCGAGGCUGGGGUUCCAUCAGUGACCCCUCUUCUUGUGGAGAGACUGGAUCUUCUCCUCCAAAAGCUCAUCAUAAUGCAGACAAAUACGAACAGCUUCGCUGAGAAUAGAAACGUGUCGAGCUCAGGUCCAGUGGUCAUGGCCAGGUUCAACUUCGAGCGAUCGCUCGCGUUCUGGUUCUCUGCCUUGCUUAGGAUGACAGUACUUCAUCGGACUGCUUUCAAUGCGCCCGCGUCUCAUGGGCAUAAAGCUGGUAGCCUGCAGGAGCAAACCCGCUUGCUUGUGUCAAUAUUUUGCAUUUCAUUAGCACGGUUGCCAGAUAACAUCAUCCACCUCUUUCCAACCGCCAACUACUUCCCCCACACUGUACAACCUAAAAACUUCCGACCGUGUCCCGGAAUCUUGUUGCAGACCCAUGCUUUAGACGUUGCAGCAUCUCUCAUCGAUUCAUUCCCGGAUGAAGCGCGCCUGCAGUGCGGGCGCUUCCUCAAGGAGAAAUGCCCCCCCUUCCUCCAAUUCCAGAACGACCAUCGAUUCUUAUACCUUCUAGGUCCCAUGGCGGACACGACAACACACAACUCCCAACUUCCUGCCUCUAUUUCGUCUCCUGCUGCUGGCGGCUCUACUCCCACUCCCACCCCGUCCGGGAACGCUUCGGCCGGACCCUCGAACCAAUCACAACAAGUGGCUGCUUCGACAGGAUCCGUCCCAGGAUCAUCUGAGAGCACAAACUCUGUCGCGGACCGUCUUCGAAUUCAACACCGCGGUCGUAUUAUUGGGCCCUAUCCAGUACGGCCCUGGGAGCUUCUCGAGGACGCUGCCCCAAUCCUCGGUGUGAAUGACACCGCUGUGAGCCUAAAGCUUUUCGACGCCAGGCGUGUCAGGGCUUAAAUAUAUCUCUUUCCACCAUCCUUUUGUCUCCAGCUCCUAUACCAUUCUUCUUGGAUUGAACCCUUUCAUUUCCGUCUCAUUUGUU